CUAGUACGUACACCUUCGUUAAUCAUACAUUUAUACUCACACAAAUGAUUCACUAAUUUCUUCCUCCAAUCCAUCUAAUAUAUAUAGACUAAGCACAAGACGCUGUUUUUUAAGCACGUACGUAGUCUUGAUAGGUAGCUAGCUAGCCAUGGAAAGAGCUAGUUCGCUUCUACAAGCUCCAACUUACGGUAACUUAGUUACUAUUCUUAGCAUCGAUGGAGGCGGAGUCCGAGGGCUGAUUCCGGGAACCAUUCUAGCCUUCUUAGAAGAUCAGCUUCAGAAAUUGGAUGGAGAGGAUGCGAGGCUAGCGGAUUACUUCGACGUGAUGGCAGGAACCAGCACAGGUGGUCUAGUGACAGCCAUGCUUGCAGCACCAAACGAAAACAACCGCCCUUUGUUUGCUGCCAAAGACAUUAAGCAAUUCUACUUAGACCAUUGCCCUGGAAUUUUCCCUCAAGAGAAGUCUAUCUUUGGUCAUGCAAGGGAUAUAAUGAAGUCGCUGGAAGGACCCAAAUACGAUGGGAAGUAUUUACAUGAAAUUGCCAAGGAGAAGUUGGGAAAUACAAAGCUACAUCAGACUUUAACUAACAUUGUUGUCCCAACAUUUGACAUUAAGCAAAUGCAGCCGAUUGUCUUCUCCAGCUAUGAGGUAAAAAGGACGCCAAGUCUAGAUGCCUUACUCUCGGAUAUAUGCAUAGGAACUUCAGCUGCACCAACUUACCUCCCACCCCAUCACUUCCACACCCAAGGACCGAAUGGAGAAGUCCGAGAAUUCAACCUUAUCGAUGGUGGUGUAGCUGCCAACAAUCCGGCAUUGGCCGCGAUAAAUGAAGUAUCUAAUGAGAUACAUAGUGGAAGCCCGGAUUUCUUUCCUAUAAAACCAUCAGAUUAUCAUAGAUAUCUAGUACUGUCCUUAGGUACAGGAACAACCAAAUGUGAAGAGAAGUAUGAUGCAGAAACUGCAGCAAAUUGGGGUGUCUUAGGGUGGCUUACCUGCGGUGGAUCCUCUCCUUUGAUCGAUGUGUUCAUGCAAGCUAGUGCUGAUAUGGUGGAUUUUCAUCUUUCCACUGUUUUUAAGGCCCUUCAUAGUGACAAAAAUUACAUUAGAAUCCAGGAUGAUACAUUAACCGGAGAUUUAGCAUCGGUUGAUAUUUCAACGGAGGAAAACUUGGUCAAUCUAGUAAGCAUUGGUGAAGAAUUGCUUAAAAAACCAAUUUCAAAGGUUAAUUUAGCCACUGGUUUCUGUGAGCCAACCAGUCAACAUACAAAUGAAGAAAUACUCCAGAGGUUAGCAGAGAUACUUUCGAAGGAGAGGCGGCUACGUUACAUAAGAUCACCUCAAGGGCAAGGACGCGUUCAUUACUGGCGAACCCAUACUGAGCAAGCAGGAACUAAUGAACCAGCUAGCUAGCUAGUGAAUGUUCUGAUGGUGCAGUGACCACUUGCCAGCCUUUUUUUUUUUUUUUUUUUUUUUUUUUUUUUUGACAAACUUGCCCGCCUCUUGUUUCUUCAAUAUUGUUUAUUUCCUUUUUAACACUCAAAAAAGGAAUAUGAAUACAUAUUACUUUUCUUA